CUUAUGGGCGUUCGCAACACUCAAAACCCUAUACUCUAUCGGGGAAUCGCCGGAAGAUAAAUGCUACUAUUCCCUGGGCAACUUGACUAAACCCCGGUGCUAUAAUAAUAUGCGGCCUUCGUUGAGACCGGAAGAGUUUUAUAUACCCUUUCACAACGACAAUAUUGCCAUAGAAACGGGAAUUUUGGGCGCAUAUAGUCUUAUUUUAUCGCUUAUUAAUAUCACCAAUAUAUUUAUCGGAGCAUUGAUUUUGCUUAAGAUCAAAGAGAUCGCACCGUUAUCUACAAUGUCGCCAAACACCAGACGCUUCUUCCAGGAGGACAUCAAAGUUGUACGCGAAUAUAAUGCAAAGCACGGAAGUAAUAGUGGGGAUAAUAUGGGGGAACGGGUGCUCAAAGAAUGGGCGGAUAUGAACGGAAUCGAUGCCAACGAGUUGUUGUCCAACAGUCCCGAAGCCAGAGUCACUCAAUUCCAUACACUUAAUGAUAUCGUUAGGGAUGUCGAGGCCGAUGACGUCUACCGGUCUAUACAUAGGACACGGCUUUCCACGCAUAAUGCGGAUCUGAUGCGCCGAAUGAGUCAAAACCUGUUUCAGCCGCCGAUGACUAACAACAACCUGAACAUCGAGGGCAGGGAUGGCAUGCGUAGGAGUAGCUGUGUGUCCAUAAAUAUGACAAACUACAGAAUAUCGGGAGUGGAAAUGGGAGCCAUAGCUAAUCGCAGGAACGGUAGACGACCCUCUCGUUUGUCGCAAAUAACGCCCACAAUAAUCGGAUCGGACGGCGAUUACGACAGGUUCUCAAUGCGCGAGCAGUUGUCCCGACCGGAGACCCCGACCGUCAAAAUGCCG